UUAGAAAAAACAAGUUGAAGUUGGGCUUGAGUAAGAGUGUUAGAAUUGGAGCUCCAUGGGUCUUUACCCUACGUAGAAUUGGCAGCUCUGCUAAGACUGGAAUGAUGAUCAGUCGUGAUGGGGACUGUGUACUUAUUCUAUUAUAUCGUAAUUCUUUUUACGUUUUAGGCAUUAAUUGAUUCAAACAAAAUAUUAGUAAUUGCUGGUCCGGAUCAACAAACGAUUAUGCUACAUAACACAUCAACAUCGCCAUUCGUUAUGGAAGUAUUGGCUUCAAAUCACACAGAAGCUGAUGCACGGGUUUUUCUACACAUUUAUGAUAUUUUGGCCGACAAUGAUGGACCUCGUUAUAAUGGAAUUAUAUUACAAGCCACAGAUACUGAUAUUAUUAUAUUAUCUAUUGCAUGUGUGUCAUUAUUCAAUCAACAGUCAAACCAAAUUCUAUAUUAA